AUCCAGAGAACACAGUCCCUCCUAUAGUAUAGUGUCUCUAUAGCCUACACUCUCACCAUAAACCAACCACUCUUAGCUUCUUCCUUCUCCUUUCUUCCACCACAGUGAAAUAUAUAGAUACAACAACUGUACGUAUACACGAUGGCAGACACCACCGACGACAUAGCGGAGGAGAUAUCAUUCCAGAGCUUCGAGGAUGAUUGCAGGCUGCUUCAAAGCCUCCUCAAUGAUGUUCUCCACAGAGAAUUGGGCCCCAAAUUCAUGGAAAAAGUUGAAAGGACUCGUUGCCUUGCUCAAAGUGCCUGUAACAUGAGAACAGCAGGGAUUGAGGACACAGCAGAGCUUCUUGAGAAACAGUUAGCAUCAGAGCUGUCGAAUAUGACGCUCGAGGAGGCGCUAUCGCUUGCCCGGACAUUUAGUCAUUAUCUCAACUUGAUGGGCAUUGCAGAAACCCAUCACAGAGUACGGAAGGCACGAGGAGAGGCACAGCUAUCGAAAUCGUGUGAUGACACUUUCAAUUGGCUUCUGCAGAGUGGGAUUUCUUCAGAUGAACUGUAUGACACUGUCUGCAAGCAGGAGGUUGAGAUUGUCCUUACUGCACACCCCACGCAAAUAAACCGCAGAACCUUACAGUACAAACACAUUAGAAUCGCGCACCUUUUGGAAUACAAUGACCGGCCUGAUCUUGGGAUUGAAGAUCGAGAUAUGUUGAUUGAAGAUCUGGUGAGAGAGAUCACUUCAAUAUGGCAGACAGAUGAGCUGAGGCGACACAAGCCUACCCCAGUUGAUGAAGCCCGGGCUGGCUUAAAUAUUGUUGAGCAGACACUUUGGAAAGCUGUGCCACAUUAUCUACGACGUGUUAGCAAUGCUCUGAAGAAGCAUACUGGAAGAAGUCUUCCAUUGACUUGCACACCAAUAAAGUUUGGAUCUUGGAUGGGGGGCGACCGAGACGGAAAUCCAAAUGUCACAUCCAAGGUUACAAAGGAUGUCUCUCUUUUGUCCAGAUGGAUGGCAGUUGAUCUCUAUGUACGAGAAGUUGAUAGUCUGAGAUUUGAACUUUCAAUGAAUCAAUGUAGUGGUGAAUUAUCAAGAUUGGCACAUGAAAUCUUAGAAAAAGAAAAUGCACCGGAGGAUCAUAAUGACAAUUGGAAUCAGCAUUCGAGUUGGAGUCAGGUAAAGCAUCAAGGCCAUCACGGUCCACAUUUUCCUUCACAGCUCCCUACUGGUGCCGAUCUACCCUCUUGUACAGAAUGCAACGACGUUGAAUCUCACUAUCCUCGGUUGGAUGUUCCUCGUAAGGAAUUCAAGCCAUUAAAUCUCCAGGAUGGCCAGGCUACUUCAAAAUUUACUCCUUCUGCUCCUGAUUCACCUAGAAGUAUCUCGAGAGCAAAUGCAAAUGGCAUUGCCUCUGCUGUGAGUCCACGCGCCAGUGCUCAAAGGAAAUUCUUUUCUGAAUCUCAGAUAGGAAAGAGCAACUUCCAGAAGCUGCUAGAACCGAGCUCGUCUCAGAGUCCAGGGAUAGCCCCUUACCGGAUUGUACUUGGGGACGUAAAAGACAAGCUCAUGAAGACACGGAGGCGACUUGAAUUACUACUUGAGGAUCUCCCUUGUGAUUAUGAUCCUUGGGACUAUUAUGAAACAACAGAUCAGCUUCUUGAACCACUACUACUGUGCUAUGAAUCACUGCAAUCGUGUGGAGCUGGGGUUCUAGCCGAAGGUAGGCUUGCUGAUUUGAUCAGGCGAGUUGCUACAUUUGGGAUGGGAUUAAUGAAGCUCGACCUUCGUCAGGAAUCUGGCAGGCAUGCUGAAACACUCGAUGCAAUCACCACAUACCUAGAUAUGGGUACUUAUAGUGAGUGGGAUGAAGAGCGUAAACUGGAAUUUCUGACUAACGAACUAAAAGGGAAGAGGCCUUUAGUCCCUUUAACCAUAGAGGUUGAAUCCGACGUUAAAGAAGUCUUGGACACCUUUAGAGUUGCAGCUGAACUAGGGAGCGACUCGCUUGGAGCUUAUGUUAUCUCCAUGGCCUCAAAUGCUAGUGAUGUCCUUGCUGUGGAGCUCUUACAAAAGGACGCUCGCUUGGCUGUUGCUGGAGAACUCGGGAAACCAUGCCCUGGUGGAACACUGCGGGUGGUUCCACUGUUUGAAACUGUGAAGGACUUAAGAGGAGCUGGCUCGGUGAUCAGGAAAUUGCUCUCGAUUGAUUGGUAUCGGGAGCACAUCAUAACGAACCAUAAUGGGCAUCAAGAGGUAAUGGUUGGCUACUCGGAUUCUGGGAAAGAUGCAGGCCGUUUUACUGCAGCCUGGGAGCUGUAUAAAGCUCAAGAAGACGUUGUAGCAGCGUGUAAUGAAUAUGGCAUUAAGGUCACGUUGUUCCACGGGCGUGGAGGAAGCAUUGGUCGUGGCGGUGGUCCUACUUACCUUGCCAUUCAAUCCCAGCCUCCUGGUUCUGUUAUGGGGACACUUCGUUCGACAGAGCAAGGAGAAAUGGUGCAAGCGAAAUUCGGACUACCCCAGGUUGCGGUUAGGCAGCUCGAGAUCUACACGACAGCAGUACUACUAGCAACCUUGCGCCCACCGCAACCUCCCAGGGAAGAGAAAUGGCGAAACCUGAUGGAGGAGAUGUCGAACAUCAGCUGUGACAGUUACAGAAGCACUGUCUACGAAAACCCGGAGUUCCUCACUUACUUCCACGAAGCCACGCCCCAGGCCGAGCUCGGGUUUCUCAACAUAGGAAGCAGACCGACGAGGAGAAAGAGCUCGGGGGGAAUAGGCCAUCUCCGGGCAAUCCCAUGGAUAUUCGCGUGGACACAGACUAGAUUCGUGCUCCCUUCUUGGCUCGGGGUUGGGGCCGGGCUGAGAGGCGUGUGCGAGAAAGGCCACACCGAGGAUCUUCGGGCAAUGUACAAAGACUGGCCUUUCUUUCAGUCCACUGUUGACCUCAUAGAAAUGGUGCUGGGGAAAGCAGACAGCCCCAUUGCAAAGUACUAUGAUGAAGUGUUGGUGUCCCCGAGCCGACAAGAACUCGGGGCAGAGCUAAGGAAAGAACUUCUGACGACAGAAAAAUAUGUUCUGUUGGUGACAGGCCAUGAGAAACUCUCAGAGAACAACCGGAGUCUUAGGAGGCUGAUUGAGAGCAGGCUUCCUUACCUCAAUCCCAUGAACAUUCUGCAGGUGGAGAUACUGAAGAGGCUUCGUCGAGACAUCGAUAACAACAAACUUCGAGACGCUUUGCUUAUCACCAUCAAUGGGAUUGCUGCUGGGAUGAGAAACACUGGUUAACGAACUGUCCAAGAAUCAAGAUUGUCCUAUGCCACUGUCUUUGAAGUGUAGUGAAUUGUAAGGUACCCUUUUUGGCUUACUUUAAAACUAUCAUGGUAUAUAUGGUUUGUGAUUGUCUUGGUAUAAUACUAUAAUGCAUAUGUUUUGGUUGUGUUGCU